CACCAACAGUGGCACACCGCCUCCCCCCUCUCUUCCACAGCUCAUCCUGUCCUGUUCAUACUGCCACUAGCCACUGUAUCAAGCAAGCUGAAGAGCUAAGCUACUGCCUGCUCUUCGCUUCCCUUCCCUUCUCCCUCCCCCAUCACUUUCUUAUCCCGAGCUCCAUUCCGUUCCAGAGACCUCUCCUCAUCAGUGCCAACCCCCCACACCUCUCAUGGCCACUUGCCUGUGAGUGACACGCCGCUGAUUCGUCCGCUUGCUUUGCUUGUUUGAUCUUUCGAGCUAGCUGCUAGUGUGUGUGCACAGUUGCAGCUAGCUAGCCAAAGCUUUGUCGAGUGGUUUUGGUUGAUUGCUACUCUGUGCCAUGUCGUUCUGCGAGAGGGACAUGAACAAGGAGAGCAUGUACCAAGAACGGGACGACAUGGCGGGGAUACGGUUCGCGACGCCGCCGCUGCCUCAGCAGCAGCAGCAGCAGCAGCUGGUGGAGUGCUUCUCCGACGAGGUGGACAGCCGCGGGAGUGGCGGCGAGAUGAAGGAUGCCGUGGGGAGCGGGAGUGGGCAGCUGGUCGUUGUUGGUGGCGGGGAUGGGGCGAGCAUCGAGGUGGCGAAGAAGAGGAGGGGGAGGCCGCCGGGGUCCAAGAACAAGCCGAAGCCGCCCGUGGUGAUCACGCGGGAGGCGGAGCCGGCGGCGGCGAUGCGGCCGCACGUGAUCGAGAUCCCCGGCGGGCGGGACGUCGCGGAGGCGCUCGCGCGGUUCUCGAGCCGUCGGAACCUCGGGAUCUGCGUGCUCGCCGGCACCGGCGCGGUCGCCAACGUGUCGCUCCGCCACCCGUCACCCGGGGUCCCGGGCUCAGCUCCGGCUGCGAUCGUGUUCCACGGCCGGUACGAGAUCCUCUCCCUGUCGGCCACGUUCCUGCCUCCGGCCAUGUCCUCCGUGGCGCCCCAGGCCGCGGUCGCCGCCGCGGGCCUCUCCAUCUCGCUCGCCGGCCCGCACGGCCAGAUCGUCGGCGGGGCCGUGGCAGGCCCGCUCUACGCCGCGACCACCGUCGUGGUCGUCGCCGCCGCCUUCACCAACCCCACCUUCCACCGCCUCCCCGCCGACGACGACGCGUCGGUGUCCGUCUCGGUGUCACUCUCCGGCAGCGGCGACGCGGACGAACACCGGGGCCACCAGCACAAACCUGAGCCGCAAGAACCGCGCCAACUUCGACGGCCGCCACCGCACCUGUCAGCAGCCGCCGCCGUCUCAGCAGCACAGCCGGUGGAGCCAUGCGGCGCGCCCAUGUACGCCUGCCACCCUCAGCCACAGGAGGUGAUGUGGCCGCCGCCGGCUCGUACGCCGCACCCGCCGCCGCCGCCGCCGUACUAAUCCGACCGAAUUGGUACGCCAUUGCCACAUUGCUUGCAUCAAGGUUAAUGGCGCAACGACGAUGAACGCCUAGGUAAUUGCUAGCUAGAUCUCCAUUGACCUUAGCUCCUAGGGUUUAACUCCAUUUUCCUUCAGCUUCUAGCUAGUAUGGAUUUCGAUCUGCAUUAGCGUGGAAAUAUGCCUUCUUUGUUUCUUUUUUUUUGUUGCAUGCACGUCUAAGCCUGGCCAAAUGACACUUUUGCUUUUCUUAUCUUCUUCGAGUAUUUGCAAGCUAACCAAAUCUGGUAUAAAAAGGUUGUUUGCAGUUUGCACCAGUGAUCGAUCGAACUUGAGAAUGCUGCUCUUA